GUUACACAUACUGGUGGUUUAAAUACAUGUAUGUUGAGCCGUUUUCAGAGACAGGGAAGAGAAAUGAAGCCCUUUGACAAGAUUAUGGUGCCCCAGGUUCCAAAAGCACGGGUGCUGUUAUGGGCAGACUUGAAACACAGUGAUAUGGAAGAGAUUGAGAAGAGUAAAUCCACUCAAGACAUUGAAAGGAUCUUGUGCCGUGCGUUAGUAGCUGAUGAGUCUCAACCAAAACAAAGAGUACUGCUGGAGUUGUACACAAAUCUGGUGCGGUUCUGCAGAGAGCAAAACUUCAACAGGGAACAAACCUCUGUUCUCAUCUCCAUUAUCAAAAAUGUGCAUCAAUUUAACACAGAAACAUCCCUCAAUAACACAGAUGACUGUUUGACCUACUGUAGUGAACUUCUGAUUUGCCAUUCAGUCAGGAGACCUCCUUUCAGCAUCGACCUCUUCAACUCGGAGCAAGUGACUCAUAUUUUAUACUAUUUCAUCAACACCUAUAUGAGGCACUAUUUUUUAUACAAGUACAUUUUUACUCCAGAGGUUCAGCUAGAUAUAUCUUUGUCAUAUACUGGAAUACCUGAAGACACUGAUAUAGAGCCAACUGCCAAGAGCCAAUCUGAAAGUCCUGCAGAUGAAGAAAGAGAAACUGAGAGGGAGACAGAAAUGGACGGAGAAGUUCAGCAAAGCUCUGAACUACCAGAAAUGAAGACCACAGAAAUCAAAAGUCCCAAUCCAGGGCUUUCAUCCAAAUCUGACCUCAGGACUAUAGUUGAAAAAGAAGUGAGGAAUGAAGUGAUGCGACUGAGCGCUCAGCUUCAACAAGAGUUAAAAAACAGCGCUGAUCAGCUCAAUAAUGCCAUCAGUCAACUGGAGACCAACAUUCAAGUUAAGAAGUAAGAGAAUAGUCUUCCGGAAAACACUCAUUUCGAAAGUAAAAACACACAAAAUACAGUAAUUAUAUAUAUAUUAUUCAUAUUUGUAUACCUGUUAAGAAUCAGUACAGUACCUUGACGAUGAACAGAUCAUGUGCUAGCUGUGAUAAAGAGCAACAUAUAAGUGGUAAAACAUUUACACAAAAUUUUGUAAAGAUUUAAAACUGGGUUACAGAACUGUAUAUUUCAAGUAUGUUAUUCUUUGUAUUUCACCUUGUUAAAUGUUCCCUUGUCCAUCUAUGGUUUAGUCUGGAAUUGUUUGUGAGGCAUAAGAAUGAUAAUAAACUCAUAUACAAUCUG